AUGCGCAUGCGCAGCAGCGCUGUCCUCUCUUUUUCAUGCGCACAUUGCCACGUUAUUAGCGGCAGACACCAAAUUCAAGCGACACUUCAGACUGUUAAAGGUAAAAGAAGACCCGCCGCGCUAACAAUCUCCCCGGUUUCCAUCACGGUAUUAUAAAUAGCUGGCACGUUUGGAGGUGAUCCGAGAUGCUGAGGUUGUUGAUUGUGUGCGCACUGGCCGCUAUGAGCGCGGCUGAUAUCGCUGAGGAGGAGGACGUGCUCGUACUGAAGAAAAGUAACUUCGAGGAGGCGCUCAAAACUUACCCAAAUAUCCUUGUUGAGUUUUAUGCACCAUGGUGUGGGCACUGCAAGGCCCUGGCCCCUGAAUAUGCCAAAGCAGCUGGUAUGCUGAAAGCUGAAGGAUCAGACAUCAAACUAGCAAAGGUGGAUGCAACAGAAGAAUCUGAACUCGCUCAGGCUUUUGGUGUUCGUGGAUAUCCCACCAUCAAGUUCUUUAAGGGAGGAGAGAAGGAGAACCCCAAGGAGUAUUCUGCUGGCCGACAGGCUGAUGACAUCGUCAACUGGCUGAAAAAGCGAACUGGUCCUGCAGCUACUACUAUAACUGAUGUGACGCAGGCAGAGUCUCUUAUUGCUGAUAAUGAGGUUGUAGUCAUUGGGUUCUUUAAGGAUGUUGAAUCAGAAGAUGCCAAGGCCUUCAUUAAAACUGCAGAGGCUGUGGAUGACAUCCCCUUUGGCAUCAUCUCAGAUGAUGCAGUCUUUUCAAAGUUUGAAGUGGCCAAGGAUGGUGUUGUUCUUUUUAAGAAGUUUGAUGAGGUUCGCAGUACAUUCGAUGGAGAGAUCAGCAAAGAAAAGCUACUGACCUUUAUCAAAUCCAACCAACUUCCCUUGGUCAUUGAGUUUACAGAGCAGACUGCUCCAAAAAUCUUUGGAGGUGACAUCAAGUCCCACAUCCUAAUGUUUGUGCCCAAAACAGCCAAAGACUUCCAGGAUAAGAUGGACCAAUUUAAGAAGGCAGCUGAGGGCUUCAAAGGCAAAAUUCUCUUCAUCUUUAUUGACAGUGAUGUGGAUGAUAAUCAGCGAAUUCUGGAGUUCUUUGGUCUUAAGAAGGAAGAGUGCCCAGCAAUCCGCCUCAUUACCCUAGAGGAAGAGAUGACCAAAUACAAACCAGAAACCUCAGAAAUCACAGCAGAGAACAUCAUCACCUUCUGCACAGCCUUCACAGAGGGAAAACUUAAGCCUCAUUUGAUGAGUCAGGACAUUCCUGAUGACUGGGAUAAGAACCCUGUCAUGGUCCUGGUGGGCAAAAACUUUGAAGAGGUUGCGUUCGACCCCGCCAAGAAUGUCUUUAUAGAGUUUUAUGCCCCAUGGUGUGGUCACUGUAAACAGCUGGCCCCCAUCUGGGAUCAGUUGGGUGAGAAAUUCAAAGACGAUGCAAACAUUGUUGUGGCCAAGAUGGACUCCACAGCCAAUGAGAUUGAAGCUGUCAAAGUGCAUAGCUUCCCCACGCUCAAGUUCUUCCCUGCUGGUGAUGACCAUAAGGUAAUUGACUACAAUGGUGAGAGAACACUAGAGGGAUUCACAAAGUUUUUGGAGAGUGGAGGAAAAGAAGGUGGGGCACCAGCAGGAGAUGAUGAGGAUGAAGAUUCUGAUGAUCUGGAUCUUGAUGAUGCAGAGGAUGAUUCAGAUGUGGAAGAGGGACACGAUGAGUUAUAAGAGUCAGGAGGAAAAGGCGAGACAAACCCCUUCACCACCACCACCUCCACUUUAAACCUCCCUGUCUGUGAACACUAAAGCUUUUCCUAACUAGUCGAACAGCCACCGGGCAUUACAGGGUCUUCUUUCAGCCAGUUGUCAUUACCAGUCCAGCCCAACCAUCAGCAGCCCAGAGAAGUGCCUCUCUGCCCACAACGACUUUAUCUCUUUGAAGUGUUUUACUGUACAGUUUACUUUUUGCAUUAAAUUGUAUUAGGUUUUUAGGUUAAAUUCUAAUGGUAAUCUGUUGAACUGCUCUUUAUACCUGCCCACUACCUCCUUUUGUGUUCCGGAGGCUCAGUUGAAGAUUUUUUUGCAGUAUAAUACUGGAAAUACUCUCCUGAUGAAGGAGGGGGAAAGCCAGUUAUUCUGCCUUAAUUCUGUGAUAUGAAUGAGUGGACAUUUCAGGGCAGAGGGGGCUGUAUGUCAUUCACCUUUGGGUGGAAAUACAAUUAUAAUAAUGGGCUGCUCUUACAGUGUGAACAAAAUUUAGCAGACGCCAAACUGAGGUACCUUCCCCGUUUCAUUAGUCAAACCACAUUUUCGUAUUCCUUUUUAAAGAUGUAAAAGUGGAGAACUUGUUUUAUUUAAUUUUAUAUUUCAAUUAUUUUCUUUUUAUUAGCUUCCAUACUGAAGGGCCCAGAAACAGCACUUUUGUUGAAUUACCUGGGGCAGAGUUUGCCGAUGUGGGAUGAUGAUUUGAAACCUUGUUUUGCACUUCAUUCAGUGCCAUCAGAGAUUCCAUAUCAGUUACUGAAAUGAAGAUUUACCAUCUUGUAAGGACAAUAACUCUCCCGUACCCUUCCUGCUUUCCAUCACUUUAGUGGAAGAUUCCUUCCCCCUGGAGGUAUAAUGCUAGUUGACGACGUCUGAGUGGUCAGUGUGACGGGGAGGAGAAAGUGUGCUUGUAACCAACUUAAUCAGUCUUUUCUCCUUAUGCCAGGGUUCAGGGUUGUACGUGUCUAUGAUUUGGUUAACCCUCUUGUUGUCUGUCUUUAUAUUUCUAGGAGCGGUGAAUUUCAGGGGUGAUGUUUAAAGAAAGGGAGGGUUUAGGAAUUCAAUUGAGAGGGAUUUGGGUUUUGAAAUUUGUCAACAUGUUUGAGACAAAGCAUUCCAUUGCAUUGAAAUUGAUAACGAAAACUGGUGGCCAAAUAAACAACAAAAUGGUAAUAAA